ACACCUGGAAAGAUUUGUCUUAUUUUAUGUAUUUAUUUUACUUCUUUGAGAAGAAAUAUCAAAUACUCCAUCAUCAAUCCUGCAGAUUUUUGGGGGACUCUCUUCCUACGUGACGUUUAGGGUUUCUGCUUGUGAAUCAGCCUCCCAAACGUGAUUUUGGAACAAGGAUUUUGAGGUAUGGGGAAGAGGAAAUCCAGAUCAAAGCCACCACCUAAGAAGCGGAUGGACAAGCUUGACACCGUCUUUAGCUGUCCUUUCUGCAACCAUGGAACCAGCGUUGAAUGCCGCAUUGAUAUGAAGAACUUGAUUGGGGAAGCCUCCUGCAGAAUAUGUGAAGAGAGCUUCAGUACCACCAUCACAGCUUUGACCGAGCCCAUUGACGUAUAUAGCGAAUGGAUUGACGAAUGUGAACGGGUUAACAACCUUGAAGACGACGGUGCUUAGGGGCUUUGAACACUGGUUCCAGUGCUGGAGUAGCUAUUAAUAACGGAGCCGGGGAUUAUCUUAGUUUUAAUACUCUUGACACAUGGUAUCUAAUUCCGUGUUAGUGUGAGAGAAUAAUUUGUAAGCAUUUCAAGGUAACCACAUUAGGAAUGUGCCCUACGUAGGUGAUCCAAAUAUCAAAUGCUCCAAUGCAUUGUGCUGUAAUACUUAAGAUUUAUGUGCUGAUAUAUUGUGAUGUAUGAUAAAAUAUGUUGAUUA